UAUACAUUCCUACUCUCUCCCUUUUCUUGCUUCCUCCUACACCCUACCGAUCUCUUCUCUUUCUCUUUCUUUCUUUUAUUACAUUUUCAGGUGGUGUCUAGGGAUAAUGGAAGCUCCUCCAGAGGAAGUCAGCAACACUCACACCAUCGAUAACAAUACCAACACCGCCACCGCCGUCGCCGCCAAUACUAACCCAGUUCUGAAAGGCAAGAGAACCAAGCGCCAAAGGGUACAGUCGCCAAUCCCUUUUGCUUUAACUGCUAAUUCAUCAAGCGGAGAUGGAGAUGGAGAUAUUGGAGAAGGAGAUGAUUGUGCUAAUAAUAAUAAUAACAACAAUAUCGCUGGAAAGAACCCGGCAAACAGGUCACCAACUACUUCCCUGGAAGAUCAAGAAAGUACAACCGAAGAAGAAGAAGACAUGGCCAAUUGCCUUAUCCUUCUUGCUCAGGGUCAUUUUAAAGAUUCACAGAAACAAGAUGACAAUCAUGCAGCUGGAUUUUACAGUCCCAUCGUCACAGCAACCACCCAUAACAACAAUAACAACAACAGCAAAUUCAAUAGCAGAAGAUACUUGGAAACAGGCUCCCCAGGUUGCAAGGCUGGAUACUAUGUUUAUGAGUGCAAGACUUGUAAUCGGACAUUCCCAUCAUUUCAAGCACUUGGGGGUCACAGAGCUAGUCACAAGAAGCCUAAAGGAAUGAACCAUAUUAAUGAUGAGAAUUACAGUAAGAAGCAGCUUGCUAUAUCAUCUGAUGAAGAAGACGGACAUUAUAGAGAUAUCUCUUCUCUUUCUCUUCAAUUGAGUAACAACAACAACAACAAUAUCAUUACUAAUAACAGUAAUACUAAUAGAGGUAUUUAUAACAGCAACCAAAACAAGGCCAAGAUUCAUGAAUGUUCAAUUUGUGGAGCUGAGUUCAAUUCGGGGCAAGCUUUAGGUGGGCAUAUGAGGCGGCACCGGGGGCCUAUGGGGACUACUACUGCGAUGACUAAUGCUAGUAGCACAACCUUGUCAUUAACACCAAUGGCUAGAAUAGAAUCUGAGGAGCCCAAGACCGCAAGAAACCUACUUUCUUUGGAUUUGGAUCUUAAUCUUCCUGCACCAGACGAUGAAAAGCUGCCCUUUGCUUCCAAGCAACACCAACACCAACACCAACAAGAACAGAAACCUAAGCCACCUCUAGUCUUCUCUAGCCCGGCUUUGGUGGAUUGUCAUUACUAAAGGGUAUAAAGCUUCUUUUUCCUGAAAUAGUUUUCCAAGAUUAAUUUUCCAUUCACAUAUAUAUAUUGAUGAUCUCUCAAACACUGAUAUCUAAUUGUUUUUCUUGAUUUUUAACAUAUUCUUUUUUUGUACAAUUCAAAGAAUUAUAACAUUCUUUAUAUUCUUUCUUGUCAAUUACCUUGAUAAUCAAGUAUUAUUAUAUAUGGGACUUGAUCAAUUUCUUUUA